AUGGUCGUUCCUCCUGUGCGGAGCCCUGGAAAGCGGCUUGAAUCGACGCCGGAGAAGGAGAACAGCUUUGCCGGCUCGUGGAACCUGGACCUUGGCAGAUUUCAGCGGAAGUGCGCGGAGAUCAGCGCAUCCCUGUCCCAGCCAUCACUGGGGGACCGUGUCCGGGCGGAGACCGCGCGAAGUGGCGAUGCCCCGCUGCCCUCGACGAGCACCGUCUUGCAAGGCGAGGCCUGGAGCCCGAGCCCGAACGAGCGAGGCGGGCUUUGCUCCGAGCGAUCGCCCUUGCAGGACUGCACUGUCCAGGUCCAGGUCCAGUCUCCUCCGACAGUGCCCUGCACGCAGUUUCGCUCGCCGGGCAGCCCGCUAGCGGCCAAAGCAGCCGUGCAGCUGGUGCAGUCUCCGUCGCUGCAUCCGAUGCAUCCCGUGCCGACCCGCUGGUGUCUGCCGGAGUUCGAGGAUCUGCGCAGGAAGAUGCAGCACAGCAUCUCCGCACUCCAGCGGAGCAAUGCGCAGCAGGCAGAGAUGCAAGCAGCACUGUCACAGGCCUUGCAGCGUGGCGAGAGCUUCAAGGAGGAGGCGCAGGAAGCCAGGCGGUCCAAGGACCGGCACCAUCACAAAUGGUGUGCGCUCGACCAAGAGCGGGAAGCGCUGCAGCGCGCAGCGCAGGCAGCACAGGCGGCGGAGCGCGCAGCACGCGGCGCCGAGCGCUCGGCGCUGGAGGAAGCCGCUGCCUGGAGACGUUGGUUGGCCAGCUUCCUGGAUGUGCUGCUUCGUCGAGGGACACAGAGCCACCUGCAGGCGGACGUGAGCGCGUCGCAGUGCUUCGAGGAGCGCCAGCCGAAGCUCCAUACAGCGCUGCAGCAGCUGUCCCAGCUCUCGGAAAGGCCAUCCCUGGAGCCCGGGUUGCUCGCCGAGAUGUCAGACUUGUACGCUUGGCUGGCGGGUGUCAUGGGGGAGAACAGGUUGUCUGUCAUAUGGAACGAUGGACACGAGGUGCAGCAGAAGGCUGAUGAUCGAGUGGCCCAGUUGGAAAGGAAGCUGGCACAAAAGGAGAUCGCCGUGGCAUCCUUGGAGCAUGAGAAGCGCGCUCUUCGGAGCGAGGUCCGCACGCUCCAGAACUUGGUCCAGGAACUGCGCGGAAGCAUUCGUGUGUUCUGCCGAAUACGUCCUCCCAAGCAGCCUGCUGGAUCCUUGGCGGGGGCUGCCACGGAGGCCCAAGGAGCCCGCAGCAUCUCCUUGCGGAAGCCGGCGGGGGACAAGAGGCAGGACUUCAGCUUCGACCGCGUCUUCUCACAGCUGGCCGGCCAACGUGACUUGUACGAGGAAGUGGAGCCUUUGAUUCCCGGAGUUCUGCAAGGCAUUCACGUGUGCAUCCUUGCCUACGGCCAGACCGGAGCCGGAAAGACGUACACACUGGCAGGGGACCGAUCGACUGGGGAGCCCGGCAUCCAGGACCUGGCGAUUGCCGACCUGCUGAAGUUGGCUCUACACGGCUCGUCGGAGGCUGCAAGGUACGAUGUCAGGCUCUCGGCUCUGGAGAUCUACAACGAGUCCAUCCAGGAUCUGCUCAGCGAUCCGGAGACCGGGCCGCGCGAGGGUCUCCAAGAAGGGCCCUGCGAGAGGCUCGAGGUGCGCCAGUCGAAAGAGGAAGCCUCAGGCUCUUGGCCCUCGCCUUUCGGCUCCAUGCGAGUUCCGGGCUUGACGUCCUGGGCCGUGCGUGAGUCGAGGGAUGUGGAGCAGGCGCUGGGGCGGAUCGGGCGCCAGCGCCACGUGGCCAGCACAGCGCUGAACGAAAGGUCCUCGCGCUCACACUGCGUGCUCUCGCUGUGCGUGCGAGCUGCUGGAGGGGCCGGUGAUGACGAGGGUCAGCGUGGUUGUGGGGUGCUGCACAUCGUUGACCUCGCUGGCAGCGAGCGCACGAAGGUGUCGCAAGCGGAGGGCAUGCAGAUGAAGGAGGCCAACUGCAUCAACCGCUCGCUUUCGGCGCUCUCGGACGUGCUGUCUGCCUUGGGUGACUCCAGCGGAAACGCGCAUAUCCCCUUCAGGAACUCCAAGCUAACGUACCUUCUUCAGGAUGCUCUGGGAGGGCCAGGCUGCAAGACCUUCCUCUUCGCGCAGGUCUCGCCUGAAGUGGCGGAUGCGAACGAGAGCUACUCGACGCUGACCUUCGCAUCGAGGGUCGCGGCCCACGUGCAGAAGGGCCGCCUCCGGCCCAUGAGCCGCCAGGGCCCCCUUGGAGGCUCUCCGGCCACACGACAGGACGCGUCCCCGCGGGGACUGCGGUCCCAGGAUUCGGAGCCGAGGCUGCCGCUGCACUCUCUCUCACAUCUUGUGGCUUCCGCCUCUGCGCCGCCCCCCGCGUUGCUGACCAGCUUGGCUUCUCCGGUGCUUCGUGCUCGUGGGGUCGCGCCACCUCUGCCAGGGCUGGGCCGAAAGCCGCGAUAG